AUGGCCAACAGCACCGCUGCUGAGAAAGCUCACGUGGUCUCGGGGGCCUGGGGUGAAAGACGACGAGAGGACAAAGGAGACAGUGGCAAGAUGCCCCCCACGGGGCAAUUCGCAUGGAAGACGGAGGACUCUCACGUUAUCCGAAUUUUGGAGGAGAGCAGGCUCGUGGUGGAUAACGCCAUCUACAACACAAUGAAAAGAAACCUCAACAAAAGGGAGAUCAUUUCUCCAUCGCAGCUGCUGUCUUUUUCCAAACUCCCUGAGCCAACAAGCCGAGCUGUUUCCCGGGCGGCCGAGAUAAUGGAAACAUCAGUGCAGGUGAUGAGAAGGAGGGGCUACUUGAACCUUAAGCAAGCACAGCCUCCAACAGAUGCUCUGUCAGAAGACCUCCUGAACGUGAUUGCGAACAUGUCCGGAUGCCUGCCUCACAUGCUGCCCCCCAAGUGUCCGCGCACCUGCCUGGCAGACCGAUACAGGCUGAUCACUGGCGCGUGCAACAACAGAGACCAUCCCAGGUGGGGAGCCUCCAACACAGCCCUGGCGAGAUGGCUGCCUCCAGCCUAUGAAGACGGCAUCAGCGAGCCCAGAGGCUGGAACCCCCACUUCCUGUACAACGGGUUUCCUCUGCCCUCGGUCCGGGAGGUGACCAGACAAGUCAUUCAAGUCUCCAACGAGGCCGUUACAGAGGACGACCAGUAUUCCGACCUCCUGACAGCGUGGGGCCAGUACAUCGACCACGACAUCGCCUUCACGCCCCAGAGCACCAGCAGAGCCGCCUUCCGGGGCGGUGCUGACUGCCAGCUGACAUGCGAGACCCGAAGCCCCUGCUUCCCCAUACAGCUCCCCGCCGCCGACGCCUCGCUGACCGCGGGCCCUGCCUGUCUGCCCUUCUACCGCUCCUCCGCCGCCUGCGGCACCGGCACCCAGGGCGCCCUCUUCGGCAACGUGUCCUCGGCACACCCGCGGCAGCAGAUGAACGGGCUGACCUCCUUCCUUGACGCGUCCACCGUGUACGGCAGCUCGCCGGCCUCGGAGAAGCUGCUGCGAAACUGGACCAGCGCCGAGGGGCUGCUGCGGGUCAACACGCGCCACCAGGACGCGGGCCGCGCGUACCUGCCCUUCGUGCCGCCGCCCACGCCCUCGGCCUGCGCCCCCGAGCCCGGCGCCGACCCCGCGGCCCGUGCGCCCUGUUUCCUGGCCGGGGACGGCCGCGCCAGCGAGAUCCCCUCCCUGGCGGCCGUGCACACGCUGUGGCUGCGCGAGCACAACCGCCUGGCCGCGGCGCUCAAGGCCCUCAACGCGCACUGGAGCGCCGACACCGCCUACCAGGAGGCGCGCAAGAUCGUGGGCGCCCUGCACCAGAUCAUCACCAUGCGGGACUACGUGCCCCGAAUCCUGGGCCCCGAGGCCUUCGGGCGGCUCGUGGGCCCCUACGAGGGCUACGACCCCGCCGUGGACCCCACGGUGUCCAACGUGUUCUCCACGGCCGCCUUCCGCUUCGGUCACGCUACGGUCCACCCGCUGGUGCGGCGGCUGGACGCGCGCUUCCAGGAGCACCCGGCGCUGCCCAGGCUGCCGCUGCAUGACGCCUUCUUCAGGCCCUGGCGGCUCCUCUGGGAAGGUGGCUUGGACCCCGUCGUGAGGGGCCUUCUCGCGAGACCAGCCAAGCUGCAGGUGCAGGACCAGCUGAUGAACCAGGAGCUGACCGAGAGGCUCUUCGUGCUGGCGAACUCGGGCACCCUGGAUCUGGCGUCCCUCAACCUGCAGAGGGGCCGGGACCAUGGCCUGCCAGGUUACAACGAGUGGAGAGAAUUCUGCGGCUUGCCCCGGCUGGAGACCCGGGCCGACCUGAACACCGCCAUUGCCAACAGGAGUAUUGCUGACAGGAUAAUGGACUUGUACAAGCACCCUGACAACAUUGAUGUCUGGCUGGGCGGCUUAGCCGAAAACUUCCUCCCAAAGGCUCGAACAGGCCCCCUGUUUGCGUGCAUCAUUGGAAAGCAAAUGAAGGCCCUGCGGGAUGGUGACCGGUUCUGGUGGGAGAACAGCCACGUGUUCACCGAGGCUCAGAGGCGCGAGCUGGCGCGCCACUCCCUGUCUCGGGUCAUCUGCGACAACACUGGCCUCACCCGCGUGCCCGCCGAAGCCUUCCGAGUCGGGACAUUCCCCCAGGACUUCGAGUCGUGCGAGGACAUCCCGGGCAUGGACCUGGCCGUGUGGAGGGAGGCCCUUCCUCAAGACGGCACGUGUGGCUCCCCAGAGGGAGUGGAGAACGGGGACUUCGUGCUCUGCGAGGAGUCUGGGAAACGUGUGCUGGUGUUUUCCUGUCGCCACGGAUUUGAGCUUCAAGGCCAAGAGCAGAUCACUUGCACUCCGCAAGGAUGGGAUUUCCAGCCGCCUGUGUGUAAAGACAUCAACGAGUGUGAAGACAUGAUGGACCCUCCCUGCCACCUGUCAGCCCGCUGCAAGAACACCAAGGGCAGCUUCCAGUGCGAGUGCACAGAUCCCUAUGUGCUGGGAGAAGACGGAAGGACCUGCGUUGACUCUGGAAGGCUCCCGAAGGCAUCCUUGGUCUCCCUGGCCCUGGGUGCCCUGCUCGUCGGCUGCCUGGCAGGUCUCGCCUGGAUGGCCAUCUGCAGAUGGGCGCGUUCCGAUGCUCAAUCCUCGCUGCCCGUGGUGGACGGAGGUGGGAAAGUCGCUUCCCCGGUGCAGGAAAUGAGGACUUCGCAGCACAGCGUCCCGGCACAGGGCGAGGAGCAGGUGGGCUCACAGGGUCCCUCUGAGGCUCCAGCUGGCCCGAUGUUUCCAUUAAGACCCGGGGGUCACUGAGGAACAGUGCUGUUCUCGGUGGGAUCAUGCGGGCUGACUUCUGUGUUUCUUUUUGAUGCGUGGGCCCCUCUCCCUCUGUACCUUCCUGCUGUGUGUGUUUUUAUGCAAACUGUGUUUAUAAGAGAAUGCCAAUUACUGAGACUUUAACCUACUUUUUAAAAAGUACGAGCAAAUUAGAAUCAGUAAGCCGGAGCAAAAUGCUUUUCCUUUGUGCCAACGGGUUUCAAAACCCAGGGCUGACUUCCAGGCACCUGCUUCAACAUUAUCAAUUAUCUCAGUUAUCUCAAGGCCUGGCUGAAGACAGGCAGGAAAUUAACUAGAAGCUGAAGGAAAAUGUUGCCUUUUAAAAUGUGCUUUUUAAACAAAUGAAAUAAUUAUAAACAGUGUGAGAAAAUCAGUCUAGACUUUCUUUUUACUACUUUUACCUUAUAAACAUGACCCCAAGUGAUGUUAUAUUAAAAAGUCAGUUCUGCUCACCCCAGGGGGCUGUCCACCACUCAAGCGACAGGCCAUCCUCCUGACGGUCAGUGCUGACUGAGUGACCCUGUCCUGGGAGGCGUUCUGUUGCCCAGCAGGAUCAGUGUUCGCGCCUGCCUGCCAAGCGUGAAACAGAAAAUACCCCCAGCUGGGGUGGGCAGCACGGAGCCCGUUUACAUGCACAAACCCUGCCAUUUCCCACGUCCCCACUGGGCCCCUAAUCCGCCUGACUGAGACCCAGGGCCAAGUGUGGGUUCCUGUCUGUGUGCUCAGUGCGGCCU